CAAAUCCUCUGCUUUCCGUAUCUCCAAGAGAAAAACAUCGGGAACGUACGUACCCUCUUCGGUCCCCACCCGCGUCGAACCAUGGAGUCCUCCAUUUAUCUGCGCGCCGCGAAAAUCAUCGGUGUCACUGGAGCGGCGUGGCUAGGAGGCAACAUCGCCGCCCUCUCCUUGAUGGCCACGCCUGCUCUGCGCCGUUCCACCGCCGAGGACGGCGUGUCGGCCAGCGCCGUGUCGCGGCAAUGGCGCUACAUCUACGAGGCCGGGAAGGCCCAGAACCCGCCCAUCGCCGUCAUCACGGCCGCGGCGUAUCUCUAUCUCGCGUGGUCGGCCCGGCGGGUGGUCGCGUCACUGGGUCCACUGUCCCUGUACUACGGCUCGGCGGCGGUGCUGACGCUGGGGAUCGUGCCCUUCACCCUCAUCGCCAUGUCCGCGACGAACAACAAGCUGAUUCGACACUCGGACGCGGCGUCGAAGGGUCCAAGCACCCCCUUGCAGCCGCCGGGCGACGAGGAGGUCGAGGGCCUCAUCGCAAAGUGGACCACUUUGAACGGCAUCCGGAGUCUGUUGCCGUUGGCGGGAGGGGUGUUGGGCGCCGUUGCGAUGCUGGCGUGAUGGAUGGGGAGCAACAUGAUUGCAGCAGCAUACUCUUGAAUUCAAUGUACUCUAUGGCUCAUGACUCUUCUCCGAUCAUUGAACGCUAGCCGCUGUCCCAUUUUUAAUGGCAAGAUAUCGCUCGCUUGUGUCGUCAAUCCUCCGCUUUCGGUGUUUGAGUCUACACAUCUCUGAAAAAAGUGGACAUUAUCUCGUGUUUGAGCGACGAAUUCUCUCGA